ACAAAGUCACAAACACCAUCUUUCUUUGUCUCCUUAAUUAUCAAUACCCCCUUUUUUUAUUCAACAUUCAUUUGAAUUCCAUUCCUCUCUUUCUCCACCUUCAUCCAGAUCUCUCUGACUCUGUUCAGCUCAUCACUUUCACCUCCAUGGCGGGUUUCUUCUCCCUUCUCAGGCGCCUCUACCUCACUGCCUACAACUGGACCGUUUUCUUUGGAUGGUCUCGGGUUCUGUAUAUUGUUUUGAAGACGUUGAAGGAAUCGGGCCAUGAAAAUGUAUACAAUGCAGCCGAAAAGCCUUUGCUUUUUGCUCAAACCGCUGCUGUGCUGGAGAUUCUACAUGGUUUGGUAGGGCUGGUGCGGUCUCCAGUAACAGCAACCUUGCCACAGAUAGGUUCAAGGUUGUACCUGGCUUGGGGCAUCUUAUGGAGUUUCCCUGAGACUCGGAAUCAUGUGCUCGUAAGCUCCCUAUUAAUCAGCUGGUCUAUCACCGAGAUCAUUCGGUAUUCUUUCUUUGGCUUGAAAGAGGCUUUUGGAUUUUCCCCUUCAUGGCUUUUGUGGCUCAGAUAUAGCACCUUCUUAGUGCUAUAUCCAACAGGCAUCAGCAGCGAAGUUGGUCUAAUAUACAUUGCCUUGCCAUUCAUUAAGGCAUCUGAGAAGUAUUGCAUAAGGAUGCCAAACAAAUGGAACUACUCAUUCGAUUACUUCUAUGCUGCUAUUGUUGCUUUGGGAAUCUACGUUCCAGGUAGCCCUCACAUGUAUAGAUACAUGCUUGCACAGAGGAAGAAAGCUCUCUCGAAAUCAAAAAGGGAGUAAAGUAGCAUUUGUAGUUUUCAGGAUAUAUGGUUUAGAUUCACGUGUAUUCGAGAAAUUCUUGCUUUUCUUGCUUAUGUAUCCUUAAGUCAAAACACCGGAGAAAAAGAAAUUAAAUCAUUUUAUU